AUAUUAGUUUAAGUUGGGAAGUGAGAAGAGGAUAAAGAGGUGUAGCAAUUACGGGAGGGCAAUGCAAUGGCCACCAUUCUACCGCCAAGCAACGCUCAGUUUGUUUCCUUCAACGCUCGCCACCGCUCUUCCUCUCCCACUCUCCCAAGGUGGGGAUGGAGAAAAGAGCAAGACGCAAGCAUAGUUGCCAAUAGAACCCGAGGUCAAGCAUUUCAAGUCCUGGUAGCUUCAGGAAAGGAAGGUUCAAAAGAUGAUGUGGUCAUGGUUGAUCCUGUGGAAGCCAAGAGAUUGGCUGCCAAACAAAUGGAAAAAAUUAAAGCAAAAGAGAAACUCAAGAGAAGACGCCAAAUUGAGGCAAUUAACGGAGCAUGGGCAAUGAUUGGUCUCACGGCUGGCCUAGUUAUUGAAGGCCAAACUGGGAAAAGUAUUCUGACUCAGCUGCAAGACUACUUGGGUACAAUUGUUAGUUUUUUUGUGCGGUAGACUUCUUCCAAAAGGUCCAUGGAUACAUAUUAAGGACUCCAGAUUCUUUCUCACAUUCUUUGUACUUUAUAUUUGUUAAAAGUAUACCUGCGAGGUUUUUCUUCACAUACCAAGCCAUACAAUUUUCACUUCUCAAUUUUCGUCGUUACCUAGUAAUGCUACAUAUGUAACAUGAAUAAUUGAGCUGCAAGCCAAUUUAUGUUGUAUGAUAUGGAUGUUUGUGUACUGAAUUGUUUUGCACUGGUCUGCUAGCAUUUAUUGUUAAA